UUUUAGGCUCUACAUUUUAUAAAUAAAUAAAUUUACAUUGAAAAAAAUUUUAAAAUAAAAUAAUUUAAUUGUUAAAAGAUUCGAACUUGACGAUCAUAGCUAUUUUCGUAAAAUGACGACCAAGGGGAAGCAGGCGACUAAAGGACAGAGGCAAAUAGUUGAAGAGAACAAGGAAACAUUACACUUAUACUCAAGGAUUGUUUUAAGUACUAAUGCAGUCUAUUUAGUCCUUACAUGUUUGUUCUUUUGGAACUCAUUCACCAUCUUCUAUAUGUUCAUCUCAGUGCUAGCCUUGGGCAUCAUGUACGGCUCGUACCGGGGCAUGCAGGUCAUCUCCAGGCCCACCUACACGCAGGAGGGAGCCAUCGCGGAUUCCGGGGUGGACCUCAAUAUGAAGGAGGGCAUGGCUGAGCACUUGAAAGACCUCAUACUCUUCACUGGUGGGUUGCAACUGGCCUCCCUCAUAUCAAAUUACUUCUGGCUACUGAUCUUUGUGAUACCUGGUCGAGCAUUCUACCUUCUGUGGGUCAAUAUUUUGGCGCCCUGGUUCUUCGCUGAGGCUCCGGAAGUUGACGAGAAGAAGGCCAAAAAGAUGGAGAGAAAGAUGAAGAGGGGCACGAAGUGAUGAAUGAAUGAAAUAGAAUUAUGGAUGAAUCAAAUAGUGUGAUGGAUAAAUUAAAUAGGGAGUUGGAUGGAGAAAUUGGAAUUAUGAAUGGAUGAAAUAAUUUUAAAAUGUUUCAAUGAAAUGGUUGACUGACUGACUGAUUGUUGAAAUGAUCGAUAGAUGGAAUGGACUAAUGAAUGAAUGAAUGAAUGAAUAACUGAGUUUAUUACCAACCAUUACUAAAGAACCAUGGUUAAUUAUGUUUACAAGUAUCGUGUGAGUUUUGUGUGUAUAUGUGUGCAUGCAUGUGUGCAUGCAUUGUAUUUUCAAAUAAAGGAAUAUAAUAAUAUACAUAUAUAUAAAUAAAACAGUAA